GUCACCAGCUUGUGAGGAUGGAAAAUUAACAGCGGCACUAUUUGAGAGCAUUUGUUUUCUAAAUUUGCAAUUUUUCAGCCUACAUAUGUGUAAAGAAGGAACACGGUUUUGCUGGAUGAUUUGGCUGGUCCCCAUUUUGAUGAUCAUCGAUACAACAGCAAUUCCAACUUUCAAACUGAUUGACGAUUUGACAGAAAAUAAAGGGCGCAAUUUCGAAGUUGCAAUUACAGAUUUUAACAGAACUUCUCCUCUACUGAGCAAUAAGUUGCAAAAAGGUGUCAGUCUUUAAUUUUCUUUGAGAAACGGUGCCAACAGAUUUAAUAAAAAUCUCAACCAACUAGGAACAGCAGAGUCAGCAUAUUGAAACGUGUAUGACUUUCUACUAUAGCGGUAGACAUCUAACAGUUGUUGCAAGGCUUGAAUUCUCCGGAAGUCUCAUUAUUUUUGAAUGGUGAGAAGAGCAACUGGUACACUGGAAAAGGAAAGAGAAGUGUUUUAUUUGAUAUAGUUUGAUGUUGUAAUUACGGCUUUAAACAUAACUUCUCUGAUACCAAACAAUAAGCAGCAUCAAUGCGUCAUUCUUUGAGACUGGGCAGAAACGGAUUUAAUAGCAACCUCAACCAACAUCUGGAAUUUGAACUUCACAGCAGAUUUAAUAGACUGACAAAUAUAUGAUUUUCUAAUUUAGCAGUGCUAAACAUCCAACAACUGUUGCAAGGCUGAAAUAAUCGUCAAGAGGUUAGUCUCCUUAACUGACUUUGGAAUGCUGAGAGGAGCAACAUUGGAAAAGGAAAAAGAUUUGUUGUAUUUCAUGUAGUUUGAUGUUCAGAUUACAACUUUAAACAGACCACUGCAACAAGUUGCAAAAAGGAGCCAUUUAUUAAAACCUUCUUUGAGACUUGAUGGCAAAGGUUUUAAUGGCAAUCUUAACCAACAUCAGGAAUUCCUGUUGAAUUUCGAUCUUCACAGCAGAAUCAAUACCUUGAAAGUAUUUGAUUUUAAAAUUUAGCAGUGCUAAACAUCAAACACUUGCUGCAAGGCUGAAAUAAUCGUCUAGAGGUUAGUCUCCGCAUUUGACUUUGAAUGCUGACAAGAGCAACAUUGGAAAAGGAAAGAUAUUUGUAGAUGAACAAUCAGAUUGUAUUUGUUUUUUUGAUUUUGUUUCACUGUUAAAUCUGACAAAAGAAAACUAUAAAAAAGGCAGGACUUCCUUUCAUGUACUAAAUGUACACACUUGUAUUUCGAUCACAUUUUACAAUAGAGCAGAGCCAGACAAACAAUCAUGUUGCAUUUUACCGUUUUCUUGAAGAAGGAAAUGUAAACAAAAAUCAAAAGAGGCAGUGCUUUUUUUACUGGCUGACUAUAAAACUUGUAUUUUAAUGUCAUGAGUUUCUUUUUCGUGUAAAAUUUUCUGACAUCAAAAUCGAAUACCGGUAUUGGCUAUAAGCCAAAGUUUUCUGCAAUCAGUAAAGUUUUCAGUUUUCUGGAAGCAGAACCUUGCAUAGCUGUUCAACCUUCUAUUUUCCUGAGCUUUCCCCCUUCAAUAUUUGUCUUACUUGUAAAUCAUCUGUUCAGAGCCAGAAGGAUAUUAACUCUAUACCUUAAUACCACACACUUAGAGCCCUAAUCUGGCUAUAAACAGACACAACUAGCUGCUAGUAUACUAUUUUUUAUGAGCCAACAUGGAUAAGUCGCAGGAACUUAUAUUUUUAUUUGUUAUCUUUUUUGCACUGAUCCCAUUAUCAAGAAGUUUAUCUGCGCUGAUGCCAUUAUCAAGUAGAAGUCCUUUUGUCACGGUUACUGAGGAUGAAGCCGUGCAACUUGAAUUCCCAUAUCCAUGUGACAGUAAUAGAGUCACUAUACAGAGCGCAAACAGACUUCCAUUUUACAGUUCAGCAGAGCCAGAAUCUCUAAAUUUGCCCUUUUAUCAAUUGAAUAGGUUCAGUGUAACAGAUGGUAAUUGUUCGGUUCAGGUUGUCAUAAAUCCAGUAAAGAGAAGUGAUGAGGCAACGUACAUAUGCCAAACGUACGUGGAUGGUGUCAUUCAGGGCAGGUUCACUAGGAUAAGGUUAAAUGUCCAUCAUCCUCCUGGUGAUGUAGCUUGUACAUUCAAUUUCAACGAUGAUGCAGUUGGUGAUUGGGUGCCACUACAAUGUACAGCUCCUGUUGGCAGCUUGGCUGGAGGGAUUUAUUGCUACCAAGAUUAUACACGAUUGGCUCCACAGAGUAACAUUGUUCAACUUGGUGAAACUUUGAAACAAACAUUUUGGGCAAGACUACAAAUUUCCAUAUUCUGUUGCUCAGCUAUCCUUGAUCGACCUAAAGACAGAUGUGAUUGUAAAGGUUUCGUUUGGGAUCCCAUUGGAAAUAUUUCUCACACAAAAACCAUCAUAGACCCUUGUCCUGGUACCACACCGGGCCUAGUUGCAACAUUAUCCAAAUACCCUGAAAGAGAAGUUGAAGAUAACUCCCAGCUUCAUCAGCUUAUAAAUUCACCAAAACCGACUGAUACAAACAAGGAUAAGUCAACUGCUAAUAAUACUACAAUGUUAUGGGUACAUUGGUCAAAUGGAGCUGCCAUUGUAUGUAUGAUAAUAAUGCUGGUUAUUAUACUCAUAGUUCUCUAUUUGACUAAGAAAAUCUACAAGAAAUGUAAAAAAUAUGAAGUCACAUAUCACACGGAAACUAUGGUAGAGAAUGAGACGCCUUUUACAAGUUCACAAAAGAAAGAAAUUGUGUUGAAUGUCUUGAGCAGUAAUAAACAUAGCAUGGCAAGGCCCAACUCAUUGUAGCAAUUUUUCAUUAUGGUUAAUAUACCUUGAAUAUACCUUGAUGAUCCCAUAUAUAGUGUGGUGUGGCAGGGUUAAGGGGGUCCCAUGGGACCCAUUUAAAAACCCAGGUUGGAUAGUUGUUGUUUGAAGCUUAGGAGUGUGGGAGCAUCAAUGGCAGUUUGUGGCAGCUUGUUCCAUUUGCUUACAACUCUCUGGCUAUAGAAAUUUUUCCUGAUGUCAAGGCGGCUUCUUGUUUUGGCUAGCUUCAUGGAAUGGCCUCUUGUUCUUUCAUAGUUAGCAAACUGAAAAUAAUUCUCGUGUUUUGGAUUUGUCGAUUUGCCUCAUUAUCCUGUAGGUUUGCAGUAGGUCUCUUCUCUCUCGUCUUUUCUCCAAAGUAGUUAGUUUCAGUUUUGCUAGUCUCUCUUCAUAUGGUAGAUAUUGAAUACUUGGAAUGAGUUUUGUGGCUCUUGCUUGAACUU